AUGGAUAGUGAGGAGAGCUUGUUGGUUCUAGUCUACUGCUCUGGUAAAAAAAAAAGUAAUAGGCAUGGUGUUAAGUUUACUGAUAAAGAACCGCUGAGCGUUUUUAUCCGUUCGACUGAUACUUUGUCGGAUCUGAAGAGGAACAUAUUGCAGAAGACAGGGUUGUGUGGGGCCAAGUUCGUGAAGAAGGUGUUCUACAAGAUUCCGAUGGCUGUUGUGUCAAGUGGUGUGCAGUAUGAAACAUUUGUGAUAGGGUCGGAUGAAGACAUGGAGGUCUUGUUUCAUUGUCGGCGGAGUUUUCCAGAGUUCCGGGGCUUCAGCGCCAAAUUCUCAGUCGAUGACGGUAGGGGUGCUUCUACUUCGAUGCCUGUCGUUGCACCUGGUAGUCUCUUAGCUGCACCUCCACUUUUUCUAGCACCGGCAGCUAGGUCACCUGGUUUGAUUACUGGUCUUGUUGGUAGUGGUGAACCGGAUGAGGCACACACCUUCAGAGGCCAAGGAUUACACGAGGGCAAUACUUCUGGGGAAUUUCAGAUUGGUCAAUCUUUCCAGACUAAGGAGGAAGUUGUGAUGAGUGUUAAGGAUUAUAGCAUUCGUCGUGGAGUUCAGUAUCGGGUUAUGGAAUCAGAUCAUUUGAAGUAUGUUGAGAGAUGCAAAGAGUUUGGAAACGGCUGCACGAGGAUGAUCUGCAUGGCACUUCGACAGCGCAAGGGUAACUGGGAGGUUAGAAGGUACAACGGAGCUCACACUUGCCUGGCCACUUCGAUUUUGAGCGACCACCGACAGCUCGAUUACCACGUAAUUUGUGCGAGGAUCUAUCCGUUGGUUAGGACGGAUGCAGCGGUUACGAUAAAGGUGUUGCAAGAAGCUACUGAGUCCACCUACGGAUUCAGACCUAGUUAUAGGAAGGUGUGGAAGGCAAAGGAGAAGGCAGUCGCACAGAUCUACGGAGAUUGGGAAGAGUCAUAUGCCGAGUUGUCCCGGUGGAUCCUUGGGAUGCAAGCAACGAAGGACGGAACCGUUGCUUUGUUGAAGACUUCUCCAGUGCGUCCACUAAUCAGCAUUGACGGUACGCAUCUGCAUGGGAAGUAUGGCUGGACUUUGCUUCUGGCUAUUGUGCAAGAUGAAAACUCGAAUAUAUUGUCGGUUGCGUUUGCACUUGUUGAGGGGGAGAAUGCUGAGUCAUGGACUUUUUUCUUAUCCCACUUGCGUCAACAUGUGACCCCACAAGAAGGCAUUCUGGUGAUCUCUAACAGACACAACGGCAUUAAGGCUGCACUGGAGGUACCAGACAGUGGUUGGCUACCGCCUCAUGCAUAUCGAGCGUAUUGCAUUCGACACGUUGUAGCUAAUUUUGCUCUCAGUUUCAAGGGCCAGGAUGCAAGGCGGCUGCUCGUGAAUGCGGCGUAUGCCAAGACUGAGGCAGAGUUUGACUACUGGUUUGAUAUUAUGAGGACUGAGAAUCCGGCCAUGUGUGAUUGGGCCAACCGACUAGAAUACGAUAAGUGGACCCAACACCAGGAUGGAGGCAGACGAUUCGGCCACAUGACGACGAACAUAUCCGAGUGUGUUAACUCUGUAUUGAAGGGGACACGGAAUCUUCCGAUUACUGCACUUGUGAAAUGCACAUAUGGGAGGUUAGCAGAGCUUUUUGUCGUCUGA